CGACGGAGAAAUGACAACAAAAUAAAAGUCUUUUGGUUAUUUCCGGUUUUCCUUACAUCUGUGAUUACAGAGCGGAUUUUAUUUUCUGUAUUCAUAUCUUAUAAACGCUUUGAUAUGGCGACGUUUUUCGGCGAAGUUUUAUCGGUUUACUCGAGAGCUGUUGAAGAAGAUGAUGAUGAUGAUUUGACGAAAGAAAACGAAGAAGAUGAACAAAUCCGACAAGAAAUAGAAGAGAAGAGGUCAGUUCAUGUGCACUGGACAUCAGACAAUGACACGAGAUCAUAUUCUGAUCUGAUUAUAGCUGUGGGACCAAACGCCACAGGGUUCAUCUCAGCGUAUGUGUUGAGUUCUGGAUGUUGGUCAUCAGUCGGUUGGGUUUCUCUCUGGAAUGAACGCAGUCAGAGAUCCAGUAGGACAGACGCUGCUGCUCCAGAUCCUGGAGAACCGGCCUGUAUUCUGUACCAGCAGAACCAAAACCCAUCUGUCUUAAUCUGUCAGUGCACGUACUACGUAGCUGAAGAUCAACUGUUCCAAUGGACAGAAAAGGUGUUGGGCUGUGUACAGAAGAGAGGUUUGUCUGUGACUGUGCUCUCUGAAUGCGUCUUGGCCGAAUAUAAAACCUCAGACUAUGUGAGUGGGAACGGCUCACCCUUCCUGUGCGCUCUGAAGACGGGCGGAUACACGGGAGCCAUCGCGUGUCCUCUGCUGAAGCAGCCCAAUAUCAUCUCUGGAUUGCCUGCUGCAGUGCUCAGUCACUGUCAGGUCCAUCAGAUUCCAGCCGUUGUGUAUCAGUGUUACAGUGAUGUCUCUCAUCCCGACUCUCUCACUAUGGAAACAUAUAAAUCUGCUCUGGUGUGUGUGAGUUCAGCAGUAAAGUUGGAUCCGAGUCCGAGUUCAGAAACUCUGCAGAAGUUCACACGAGUCAAUGAAGUUCAGAGUAACUUGUACACAUAGAUGACGUGUUGAAUAGAGCUACAGAAAUGUUUUCUUUGCGUUUAUUAAAGAUGCCGUGUUUUACAUGUUAA